AUGGCUGAGGAAUCCGAGAGGUCGCCCUACCCUAAUGGUGCAGGUGGUGGUGGACCCAAAGCUGCCCAAGACGAUGUACCGGUGCCUCCUUCAUCUCUUACCCGAAGAUCCGCCAGUGAAGGCGACAUGAGUGAACUGCCACGUUCGACCACCAAAUCCCAGGGCCACGUCCCCUUCCUCUCGCAGUUGCCCAAACCCUCGCAUCCCGUUCCAGGCGCCUCCGGCCCUCCUUCAGCCACGAACUCCACUAUAUCCUCUCGCGAACCCUCUCCCACCCGCUCCUCCCAACACCCUCGCAACUCGACCUCGUCAACAUCAACCUCCCGCGUUUCCUCUCGCUCCCGGAAACGCAAAAUCGACCGCAGUCCCAACCGCUCUGCUACAACAAGCCCGAGCCCCGGUCCGGGUAAGCUCCCACCCGCGACUACCACCACCGUGCAACGAGCGCCGUCGCAGCCCAAUAAGCCUCUCGUCAUCAGCCCUCCGCCAAAUGUCGAACCGUCCUCCGAUGCACCCAGCCCGGACAAGUCCAAUAUGCCGCUAUGGGCCGGAUCUCGGGGGUCGGAACAGGUACCCAACCAGCCGAACACCUCCAGCAAACGGACGCAGACUACGGGCGAUGAGUACGUCGCCAAAUCGGACAGGAGCGCGCCUCGCUCCGUGAACAGAGGCGUCAACGGUUCCGGUUCAGCGCUGGAAACCGUGCAGGAGAUGGCGAGCGAUCAGUCAACCCCGUCAACCGAUACUAUACUCCUUCAAGCGGCUCCGGAUGAUGAUAGGCUAGAGAGUAUUGACGAAGAUGCUACGCCAAAGGCAUCAAGGCUUCAUACUGAGAGUGGGAGUGAUAGUGGUGGAAAUAAAAGCUCGGAGCAGUUGGAGGAGAAUCGUCGGCGGCCGUCUUUUGCGACAAGCAGACCCAACGCUCUUCUCUCGAAACGGUCUUCUACCUCGCUGGGCGGCGGCUCUCGUACGAAACCUGCAGAUGGCUCUGUUCGAAACAUGAUCGUCGAGACCGAAACCGUCACGUCUAUUCCCCAGGUUUCCGUCGGCGUGGGAGCGGGCGAACGAGGCUCGUCCGGAAGAGUAGACCCGGGGACUCUCCGGAUGAAACCUAGCACCGAAACCAUUCGCCCGAAGAAAGAGAAGAGAAGAUCUCGAAAACCUACGCCUCUUGCGAGCGGCACUGCGUCGUCGAAGGCUGACAUCUUCGAGGCCAAGGUGGCCAGCGCGGUCGACGAAGCCGAUGUGUCAGAUUCCGAUGAGACGUUUGUCUACGAGUCUAAUCCGCCAGAACAAUACCCUCGGCAGAGCAGAUAUCAUUCGCGCACGCCCAGUGCGACGUCAAUGGCAAGUCAGGCAGAUGCGAUAGCCGGCCGGAGUCGCGCUGCACUGAGGGAAGGAAAUCACAGCGUUACGGGGAAGCGCAGCAUGAAGUUUACGAACAACACAUAUACAAGCAGUGUUGACGGGGAUGCCGACGAGAUCCCCCGGUCUCACCCAAGGAUGGAUGGAAACGGUACUCACACUCCGCGCCAUCACCUGGGGCGCCACGGACGGCAAAAUAUGUAUCCCUCGCUGUUCGACAACGAUUCGCCGUUCCCGCAGUCGCAAGGACACAAGUCCCCUCGGCACUUUCCUGGAAGCGGGUUCCGACAAGCCAGACAACCGGGAUCUCGCACGAAUCCGAACUACCGAACGAUCAACAGCUACAAGAAGGCUGGUGAGGUCUAUGGCUAUGAUUUCGAUGCGGAGGGCGCAGACGACGAGCGAACACCGCUAGUUGGAUCUCCGCGUCAAACGCGUAGCCGUGGCGGUCGACGACCUAAUAGUGCGAGCUUGCGACAGAUGGAAUACAUGCAGCAGCGGCAUCGCAGUUAUGUUUCACGGUACGGCGCGUGUGUUCUAGUCAGCCUAUUAUUUUUCCUACUCGUCGGCGGCGGUGUAUCAUUUCUCGUGGCCAUCACCAAGCCGCUACUCGACGUGCAGGUCCUCGAGAUACAGAACGUUCUUGCGUCGGAACAGGAGCUCAUGCUAGACCUCAAUGUGCAAGCUGUCAACCCCAACCUCUUCCCCGUGGUCAUCGACGAUAUCGACGUGAAUAUAUUCGCCAAGAGCCGCUACGUCGGAACCGACAAAUUCUGGCACGAUCAUGGCUCCGAUCUAGACAGAUUCCCGAGGGCAGAACGCCGGAAACGCGCGGCGGACAUUGCCCGCACAGCUCGUUGCGUUGGUGAUUCGGAUUGCGAAUCCGACGGGCUUAGGGAUCAGUUGACACAUCCCAAGGGUGGUGUGGACAAGGGUACGGAUCCCAUGCCGAGCGACCCCGCCGGCGAUCCACAGACCAUGCUCAUUGGUCGCGUCUUCCGACUGGAUUCUACCCUGACCUUUGAGGCGUCGCCGUGGAAUCAUAUACCUUCUACCUCGAAGGGCCAGAUUCGUCUAGCGCGCCCUGGAAACUCUACAGAGAAGGGCGGUACAGAGCGCUGGGAGCGAGUAUUGCAGCACCCGUUUGAGCUGAUUGUCGGUGGUGUCGUCCAGUAUCAGCUCCCGCUCAGCUCGCGCUUCCAUACGGCGUCCAUCAGCUCGAGCAUCAAGGUUACCCCGGACGACGGUGUCGGUGGUGACGAUCCCAGCCACACCCCAGACAAGAAUGAAACCGUCAGAGUCUCAACGUUUGAACUAUCCCGUCGAAACCAGCCCGGCGCGUCGCUCUCGGAAGGCGAGACUCUAAAGGCCGUCCGGGCCCUGAUCGCGAUGACCAGACGAGCAUUCGUCGCCUGA